GGGUGUUUUUGCUUCCGUCCAAGCUGGCUACAAAUCUUUAAUCAUCGUAAAUUUUUAGCUUUCUUGGUUGGUAUGUGCCAACUUACCUAUAGUAUCAUUACUUCUGGUUAUGAUUCUAGUAUCGUUAGUACAUUACAGAAAGGUUUUGGUUUAACCAGUUUUGAUAUUGGUGGUCUUGCAGCUUGUUUUAGCGUAUCACAAGCUUUCUUUGGUGUUUUAAUUGCUCAUAAAGGAGCUCAUGCCCACAAGGGCAAGUGGAUUGGUGUAACUGUUAUCAUGACUGGCCUUGGAUGUUAUAUUUAUAUGUUACCUCAUUUCUUGAUCAAUUCCUAUUCGGUCUUAGAUUCUUAUAGUGGCAAUAACAGUGCCACAGAUUUAUGUAGCCUUGAAAAAGCUGCUACUGUAACCGGUAUUUGUGGCGGUCAAAUAGCUAAUAAAUCUUUAUAUAUUGCUCUCUUUGCAAUUGGAUUUAUUGUUAUUGGUGCUGGUACAUCUGUUAUGAGAACUUUAGGAUGGUCUUACUUAGAUGAAAAUGUUAGUCCUACCAUAUCUCCUGCCUAUACUGCAUACAAUUUAUCCAUGAUUGGUCUUGGUACAGCUCUUGGCUUCGCAGUUGGUGGAGUAGCCAUUAACAUAUAUGGCGAGUGGCCGACAAAAUUACCAGAUCCAACUUUAACACCUGAAAGUCCGAGUUGGAUUGGUGCUUGGUGGGUGGGUUACGCAUUUGCUGGUACUGUAUGCAUUAUUUUAGCUAUCCCACUGCUAGGGAUGCCUCGCCAUUUACCUAAUUAUGAACGAUAUAAGGAAAAACGCAUAUUGCAAGCCGUUGGUAAAUCACGAGUCGAUAAAGAAUAUGGAAAAAGUUUCAAGGAUCUCAUACCAGCCGUUAAGGAAUUAAUUUGCAAUUUACCGUUUCUAUUUACUGUCUUAAGCUUGGUUGGUCAUUUAAUUGUAUUAGCGUCCGUUGGGGUCUUUUUUCCUAAAUAUAUCGAAACCCAAUAUGGUAUUACGGCAGGAACUGCAAAUAUAUAUUCUGGCGUAAUUGUUAUAGCAGGAAUGUUGAUAGGAGUUAUUUUGGGAGGAUGGGUGUUCAAGUUAAGAGAGCUAAAAGUGUUAGCUCUAGCAAAGCUUGCUUGCAUAUCAGCCGCUUUAAGUAUUUUAACUGCAGUAGGUUUUCUUAUUGCUCGAUGUCCAAGUACCGAAAUUGCUGGAAUUAACGCUGCAUAUGAUCACAAAAUUGUCCUAUUGGUUGCAAAUUUAACAGCUACUUGCAAUAGCAAUUGUCACUGCAACUCAGUCAGCUUUAAACCGGUAUGCGAUCGCAACCUAGGAAAAGUUUACUUUUCCCCAUGCCAUGCUGGGUGUCUAUCAAAAACUAGAAUUAAUCGUGGCAGCGUGUUAUUCGAAGAAUGCAAUUGUUUAAGUAAAACUGUGGUAUCGACACCAGCGGAAAGUGAUAAUUUAGGCCAAACUAUCCUUGGCUAUUGUCCGAGUGCAUGCAAAGCAUUGCCAGCUUUCAUAGCUUUUGGUGUACUAUUCUCUUUUCUAGUUUACUGCAGCUUUAUACCAUCAUUUCAGAUCGUUAUCAGAUGUGUACCAGAAAGUCAACGUGCAUUAGCUCUAGCUGUUCAGUGGGUAUUUAUUCAAUUCUUAGCAAGCACUCCAGGUCCAAUUUUGUUAGGGUAUUUCAUUGAUAGUGCGUGUAUGCUAUGGAAUGAAGAUUGUGGAAGUAGACAGUUCUGCUGGAUCUAUGAUAAUACUGCCUUAGCU